UUGAGUCCAUGUGUCUGGCUGCCUAAGAGCCUAUGGUCUAUACUGAGAUUUUGUGAAUAAAUCAGAGUAACGUCGUAUCUCUAAAAGCUGCAAUUUAGUUUAACUAUGUCGGCGUCUAUGCUCAGGAGGGGACUGGAGCUGCUAAGUGAUGACAUAAAAGGCAUACAUGGAGACAAAAAACAGAAGCGUAAGAAGAAGGAGGCAGGAGGGGAGGAAGGAGUAAUGGGCCAGAUCAGCUCCAACAGGCAGGGCGUUACCAAGCAGGUUCGCAGACUCCAGGGGCGGCUGGGCUCCGGCAAGAGCCAGGCUACUGUCAAAAACAAACGCAUCAAGUGUGCAGUGGAGGAGUUUAGGAAAAACCAGAAACAGAGCCAGAUGAGUGCAAACCUGCGGUACUUCCUGGGAACAGGAUACAAAGCGGCACAGAGCGACACACAGAAGAUCCUGCUUCAGAAUCAGGGGCGGCAGUCUCGACAUCACCCAGACCGUCCUCCUAAGAAACAGCAGGAGCAGAGGUCUCUGUUUACAGAGGAGGAGUUCCAGCAGUUCCAGAAGGAGUAUUUUGGUAGAACUGUAGAAGGAGGAAGUAAAUGAAGACCCAGGGCUACUUUGGACAGAGGUGAAAAUGACACGAGCAGAAGAUAUGUCCGCCAUAUUUAAACACUGUCUCAAAGUCCUACUGGAGGUCCACACCAAUCUACAAAGGAAACUGCUCAAAGUUAGUUCAAAAGAGUGUGAAGAUACUUUUGAAGACUUCAGAUAGUGCACAUUUUCAGAUUUUAGUGUAAAACUUUAUUUAAGUGGGACUACAGUUAAUUUCAAGCAAAGUAAGCCAUUUUGCUCAUGUUUGGAAAUGGUGUGACUCAGGAAAAACAUUUCUCACGGCCUGUCUAUGAGUACUGAGCUUGGAACAAUU